AUGGCUCUAGAACUGGUAAAUUUGUUUCUUGCUUUCGCUUUUUAUUUCUCACCGAUGGCUUAUAAUACAUAUGGUUAUGGAGCCUUUGGCUAUGGGCAACAAGUUACGCCUUCAUAUGGGCAGGAUGGUACUAUGGCAAUGACAGGUUCUAGCAGUGGAACUAAUACUGGUGGAGCCUAUAAUGCUCGCUAUCAUUUUCAAGCUGCUCAAAGUGCUGGUUUCGAUACAGGAAGUGAAGAUCAUCAACCAAGAACCGUCUAUGUUGGAAAUUUGGAUGCGAGCAUUACAGAGGAAUUUAUAUCAACUCUUUUUGGACAAAUAGGAGCAGUUACAAAAGUCAAAGUGAUUUUCGACGGUACGAGCGAUCCCUAUGCUUUUGUGGAAUUCGCGGAUCAUUAUACCGCAGCACAGGCAUUACAAGCGAUGAACAAACGUGUUUUGCUUAAUAAGGUAUUUUAUAAUAUUUUGUUUUUUUUAAAUAUAUCCGUAAUUAAAUUAAUUAUUAAGGAGAUGAAAGUGAAUUGGGCUACUGAGCCGGGAUCUCAAGCGAAAGUUGACACAAGUAAACAUUUUCAUGUCUUUGUGGGUGAUCUUUCGCCGGAAGUUGAUAACAAGGCUCUAAAAGAUGCUUUUGCGCCAUUCGGUGAUGUAUCUGAUGCGAAAGUAAUUCGUGAUGCAACAACACUGAAGUCGAAGGGUUAUGGUUUCGUUUCAUAUCCAAAAAGAGAAGAGGCAGAAAGAGCUAUUGAACAAAUGAAUGGUCAGUGGUUAGGAAGACGUACGAUACGAACUAACUGGGCAACUCGAAAACCUACUGGGACUGGUGCUGGCGAUGGUCAGUAUGGUCGUUCCGAAUUGAAUUACGAUGAUGUUUUCAAUAUGACUGGUCCAGAAAAUACGUCAGUUUAUGUAGGAAAUGUUAAUACUAAUGCUAAUGAUGAAGAUCUUCGAGCUGCUUUUGAUAAGUUUGGUCGUAUUCUGGAAAUUCGAAUUUUCAAAAACCAGGGAUAUGCUUUCGUACGAUUUGACAAGAAAGAUUCGGCUUGCAAUGCUAUAGUAAAAAUGAAUGGGCAAGAAGUGUGCGGUCAGAGCGUGAAAUGCUCAUGGGGACGAACACCAGAGGUAGAUAUAAAAAUUUUGCCUUUGGGUCAUAAUACUCAGCAGCAGCAACAAAGCGUUGGUGCGUAUAGUCAAGCGCAAGCAUACGGUGGCUAUGGUGGCUAUGGUGGUUAUGGUGGAUAUGGGAACGGAACUCCUGGUGGACCGCAAGCUAGUGCUGCCGCACAACAACAGUACUGGAAUUAUUAUCAGCAAUAUUACAAUAAUCCUCAACUAGUACAACAACAUUGGCAAAGCUACUGGCAACAACAGCAACAGCAGCAAACGCAAGGCCAAAAUCAGUAG